ACGUCCAUGUUGUAAGGUACACAAUACAAUUCAUGUUGGCAUAACCAUAGUUAAAUCUGGUUAAGCUUGGUUAUGUGUAGAUUCAUAUUAUCCAGUUCACAGAAACCAUUAACGUUCAUUCAUGCGUUGUUCGUCUGAACGGACCUGAUACACCUGUGGACCGAACUCGAGGUAUUUGGCAGGAAAAGGGAGAUGCCAUCCAAGAAUCAUAACCCCAACAGUGCUGAUAGCAAAAGGAAGGAAGAAGAAAUUCGAGAAUUAAAAAUCUACCUAAGUCAGACUGUAAAACCAUGGUUCGAAGAGGGAAGAGAUGGUGAUCCAGAGGCACAGGGUAUUCCUCUGAGAGACAUUCGGCAACGUUUGGAUGCGUCUGGGGUGAUGGAGCGGAUCUCCCACGGGGGAAGGCAACGCAUGCUGGAACAGUAUGACGCCAAUAAAGACGGCAUGUACACGUACCCAGAGUUAGAACAGCUGUUUCUGUCAGAGAGACCAAGGCUAAAUCUAAACAAGCUCACCAGAUGGCAGCAGCUGAAGUUGGGACUCGUAAGCACAGUGGUGCCAGAGAAUGCCACAGAGGAGAAGUCUUUAGAAAGUUACAUAGAGGCCUACAACUGCAAGCCACCGCCGUUGUUCAUCAUCUUUAUUAGUGUUCUAGAGACUAUCAUAUUCAUUGUAUAUGCUGUAGAAUUGAAAGGUACCAAAUAUGAGGUGACUGCCGCCUCGGGUUUUCCAGCGUACAGUCCACUCAUCUAUAAUCCUGCGCGGAGAUACGAGGUCUGGAGAUUUGUGACGUACAUGUGCAUCCAUGUUGGGUAUACGCAUCUUAUUAGUAAUCUGGUCUUCCAACUGGUACUAGGCAUUCCCAUGGAGAUGGUGCACGAAUGGUGGAGAAUGAUGAUUGUGUACUUUUUAGGAGUCUUCGCAGGCUCCCUGGCGCAUUCUGUGACGGAUCCGUCCAGUUUCUUGGCGGGGGCAAGUGGUGGAGUGUAUGCUUUGAUAGGGGCACAAGUCGGUGCUAUUAUAAUGAACUGGGAAGAAAUGCAGCAUCGCUGGAUGGAGGGAGCUGGAUUUGGCGCCGUGCUUAGGGCGAUGUUAAGUGCAGUUACACGUCUAAUUGUGAUCGGCGUGUUUGUGAUAGCAGAUGUUGGAAUUGCUCUGUGGAAACGCUAUGGCGCCGGAGAAAGUAGCCGAGUUUCCUACGCUGCACACAUUGGAGGGGCGGUAGCAGGGGUUUUGAUGGGCACGGUGGCACUGAAAAACUUGGAGAAAAAGCCCUGGGAACUGAAAGUAUGGUGGAUCUCUCUGGUUAUCUACCUACUUCUUGUGUCGUUUGCCUUAUUUUGGAACUCCCUGUACCCAGGAUUCCCGGGCACCGACUGGACGCCAUGUUGCCUGGCAACCUAGCAGAGAACACUAUUCUGUCUAGCAUCCGGUGAACAUUAUUUUGACAUAAGACUGACUGGAAGUCAAAGCGCAACGUAUCUUGGGGAAAUUGACUCGUUUUUUCACUUUCUAUGCACAUUUUCUACUUUUUUAAUGAGAUAAAAACAGUCUCCUUCUUAUUCGCCUUUAAUAAAUCUUUUCAUUCGGCUAUAAUAAAUCAUCAAUAUUUAAAAAAAGUAUCUGUGAUUGAUAGCCAUCAUAUGUCCUGAUAAUUUUAUUCUAAAACUUCAUCUAAUGAAAAACAUUGAAUUUCGAGGCUUAUACCUGUAAAAGCGAGGGAAAAGGUAAAUAUUAUAAUAGGGGCCUACUCCGGAAAACGCGCUCGAAUAUAAAGUUUUGACGUUAUAAGGAAAUAAUGUGGUCUAAACUUUGGGCAAUUAGAAAAAAGAAUCAAAAGAGC